CGCCGCCGCCGUCGCCAUGGUGCAGGCAGAGCGUGGGGUGGCUGCCGGCUGAGGGCAGGGUGGAGGGAGGGGGGUGACGGCCGCGAUUUGGCCCGUCCCGGCUGGCUCCGCCGUGUCCGUCCGAGCUGGGGCGAUACCGGGGCGAGCUGGGCAAGGUGGGCAAGCGGCGCAAGCCGCGCCGGGCCAAAGCCGCGGGCCGCGGCAGCAGCAGGAAAAAGAGAGAGUCCUGCCUCAGAAGCCGCGGCGUUGGGUACGCCGGCACCGUCAGCCCCUGGUAAAGUAAAGCAAAGCAAAGCCGGGCUGCCCCCUCCCCACCUCUGGUUGUGCCACCCGAGCCCGUGCCCCAGGGAGGCCGGGAGGGCGGGCGACGGGCGGGGCGCCGGGGCCCUGGGCCUGCAGCCUCCCCUGCUGCUCUUCCUCCUCUCCUGCUCUUCUUUUCCUCCUCCUCUCUACUUCUGUUCUUUCUCCUCUUCUUCCCCUUCCUCUUUUCCUAGUCGUUUCCCUUUUCUCCUUUCUCCUUGAAUUCUUUCUCUUCCUCCUUUUCUUUUUUUCCUCCUCCCCUCUCCUUCUACUCCUUUUUCUUUUCCUUUAUUCCUCCCUUUCCUUUUCCUCCUCUUCUUUUCCGCCUUCUGUUCUUUCUCCUCUUCCCCUCCUACUCCUUUUCUCCUUCUCUCUUCCUCCCUUCCCCCCUUCCCCCCUUCUUCCUCUUCCCCGGGGUUGGUCUUGACGAAAACAUGCCUUGCACCUGGAGGAACUGGAGGCGAUGGAUCCGGCCCCUCGUGGUGUUUCUCUACCUGGUGGCCUUGGUCGUGUCCCUGCCUUUAUGCAUAUGGGAGCUGCAGAAAUUAGAGGUUGGGAUACACACAAAAGCAUGGUUUAUUGCUGGAAUCUUUUUACUAAUGACCAUACCAAUAUCUUUCUGGGGAAUUUUGCAACAUUUAGUGCAUUACACUCAACCUGAACUACAGAAGCCAAUAAUAAGGAUUCUUUGGAUGGUGCCUAUAUACAGCUUGGAUAGUUGGAUAGCUUUGAAGUAUCCCACCAUUGCAAUCUAUGUGGAUACUUGCCGAGAAUGCUAUGAAGCUUAUGUCAUAUACAGCUUCAUGGGAUUCCUUUCUAAUUAUCUGACUAACCGGUAUCCAAAUCUGGUGUUAAUCCUUGAAGCCAAAGAUCAGCAGAAACAUUUGCCUCCUUUCUGCUGCUGUCCAUCAUGGGCAAUGGGAGAAGUAUUAUUGUUCAGAUGCAAACUAGGUGUAUUGCAGUAUACUGUUGUCAGACCAUUCACAACUAUUAUUGCUUUAAUCUGUGAGCUGCUUGGUGUAUAUGAUGAAGGGAACUUUAGCUUUAAAAAUGCUUGGACUUACCUAGUUAUAUUCAACAACGUGUCACAACUGUUUGCUAUGUAUUGUCUUGUGCUGUUUUAUAAAGUACUAUGGGAAGAACUAAAUCCAAUUCAGCCUGUUGGCAAAUUUCUUUGUGUAAAGAUGGUUGUUUUUGUUUCCUUCUGGCAAGCAGCGAUCAUAGCUUUGUUGGUCAAAGUUGGAGUUAUUUCUGAAAAACACACUUGGGAAUGGCAGACAGUUGAAGCUGUGGCUACAGGUCUACAAGAUUUCAUCAUCUGUAUUGAAAUGUUCUUUGCUGCUAUUGCUCAUCACUACAGCUUUUCCUACAAACCCUAUGUGCAGGAGGCAGAGGAAGGCUCAUGCUUUGAUUCUUUUCUUGCAAUGUGGGACAUUUCAGACAUUAGAGAUGACAUAUCUGAACAAGUAAGAAAUGUUGGAAGGACAGUCCUGGGUCAUCGUAGUAAAAAGUUUUUUCCUGAUGAGGAGGAACAAAAUGAAAAUACAAGUUUAUUAUCAUCAUCUCAAGACCAGAUUUCUGUUGCUUCUUCUAUGCCAUCUUCACCCUUGGGUCAUUACCAAGGGUUUGGACACACUGUGACACCACAGAUUACACCUAUUUCUUCUAAGAUGCCUGAUGAAAUUUAUAAUGCAGGAAAUGAAGAAUCUUCAGCUAACUAUAAAUCUGUGGCCUCCUGAACAUUCAGAGGAAUAAAGUUUCUUCUGUCCUCCAUGUUACUUCAUAACCUGGUAUCCCAUCACUUAAGAAUUUUGUGCUUGGGACAAUACUAAACUCAUGGAAAAUUCCAGCACAAAGAUGGUUGGUGAAAGCCAGGGUGUGUAUAAAGGUAGAGUGGAAUUUAAAACUGAAUUAAGCACAUUUUGUGUAUCAAAUAAUCAGUCUAAAUUUCCUAAGACUUGAUUUAUUUCUUGGUGUCAGAACACAAAAUGCUUAUAUUUGAUGAAGAGAAGAAAAUGACUGCAACUAUAACUGACAUUAAACUACUCUGUCUAAUAGAUGGACAUGAAAAUCAAUGUUUUCUACCCUUGCUGCAUGGAUUAGAAUGCUGCUGAAUUAACCUGAAGAGUGGACUUUAUAAACAAUUAGGUAAAUGAAUUAGUGCAACUUGAUCAUAAUUAAAGUUAAUGGUUACUUAUACAGGUUGUGCUUACAUAACCUUUAAAUAACUAGAUUUUAUUCUAUUCAAUAAAAGAAGUAACUUCUA